UUCAUUAAAAGUGACCACUCGCAUUUAUCCUUUAAACUAAAAGAAAUAGACCAUAACAAAUAUAUAUCAUAUUAAAUGGUUCAAAUUGAACUCUAUGUGAGCAUAGAGUAGUUGCUUACAAAAGACAUUUGUGUUAACGAACGGAGAAAGUUGUAGCUAUUUGAAACAAAUACAAAUAUGUAUGAUUUAAUAUAAAUAUACAUAUUAUUUACAGUUUUAUCGGCUUAAAAUAUCGCGGAAUAUUGUGAGAGAAAUUUGCAAAAAUUCACUUGGACGAAUUCGUGAUUGAUUAAUCGAUGGUUUUCAAUAUGUGAUUUUUAAAUUAAUUGAAGAAGAAUGCUGUUUCCUGGAAUUUUUGAUAUGACUCUAUGUGGGGGUUGGCUAUAUCAGCUUGUUAAAAAUGCACGGACAGAUCAGUCGCAUUGCGAUUGUCGUUAAAGUUGCGUCUCAGUAAAAUGACAGGCAUAUUACGCGUGAAAAUGGACUUAGGUUACUUGCUGGUUACACUGACGUUAUUAUUCACAGGUUUACAAGCAGCGGCAGCAUCUGAAUGGGAAUAUGAAGGCAAAAAUGGACCCUCAAACUGGCCAGGCAUUUGCGCAACUGGAAAAAAACAAUCGCCGAUCGAUAUUGUGACUGAAAAUGCUGUAAAAAGUGAUUUUGCCGCUGUCAAGUUCAGUCGAUAUAAUUUAGCGUAUCCUGCUACGCUAGAAAACAAUGGUCAUUCUGUUCAAAUUGUAUUACAUGGUAUUCCGAUUUAUCUAAGUGGCGGAAUUUUACAAUCGGAAUAUGUUUUCGAGCAAAUGCAUUUUCACUGGGGUGCUGAACAUACCAUAAACGGUUUACGCGAUGCUUUGGAGUUGCAUUUAGUACAUUAUGAUAAGCAGUACGCGAAUAUCAGCGUAGCCAUGCAACACGAAAACGGACUUGCCGUUGUCGCGGUUCUAUUUAAGUUGGACAGAUACGAUAAUCCGCAAUUGAAGCCGAUUGUGAAAGCAACUAAAAAGGUGUUAUAUAAAGUAGGAAAGAGCACAACGAUAAAGGAGGAAUUAGUACCUUUAUCAUUCUUACCAAAGGAUCACUCGACAUAUUAUCAUUAUCAGGGAUCACUGACUACGCCGGGAUGUGAAGAAUCCGUAAUGUGGGUGGUUCUGUCUGAAAAACUUACAGUGUCGCAAUCACAGGUGAACGUAUUGAAACGACUUCGGGGCGAGCAUGGCAAGCUGAGGUUCAAUUACAGACCCGUGCAGGAUCUUUAUGACAGAAAAGUGUUCCACAAUUUAGAAUAGAAUGCCGAUGAAAUGUCUCAUUUUAUAAAUUUGAUUUAAUCUAUUUAGAUAUGUUAUACUCAAUUGAUUUUAUUUGAAAAAAAGUAUUAAUAAAAACUUUCUGCAUUGUUUUCU